AUGAGUAUACAGCUAUUAAAGGCUUCAGAAGGAUCAGUUAUUACAGGAUACUGCGUGACAAAUGGAUUGAGGUAUGUGAUCUUUGCUGAGGUCACAUACGCAAAGUCCAAGGGUGUCUUGAAACUCUUUAGUGUGGACAACGAGAAGACUAUCACAUUCAACAAGCCGGUCGAAGUUGGCACGGAAGCAGCUCACGAUGACGCAGUGCUAAAUAAAUUGGCCAUCAUUAAGGUCCCAGUAAUCCGGAAGAACAAGGUGGAAAAGACCGACAUAGUGGUGAUAAACGCCGGCGAUGGGAUUCAGCUGAUGAGUUUGGAGCAGCUUUUUGGGCUCGAUGACGGUGACGGCGUUACGGCAAAGUGGCAGCUUUCGCAUGGACAGGACAGGAUCCUGAGUUUCGAGGCGAAGGCGACCACGAAUGGAGUGAUCGAGAUUUGGUUCUGUACUAGGCUGGGCCAGGCCAUGCAGGUCAAGUACAGCGUUUCCAGCGACAAGUUCCACUCCUUCCAGCAGUUGAUGGAGGUGUCGGACGACUCGCUCAAUUGUAUGGCUACGGGGUCCGAAGAAUAUGGUUCGUGGGAAGCAAAGCUAGGCCCAUUGAAAGCCGUUGCAAUGGCCUGCUUCGACAAUAGCAUAUAUUGGUUACACGAAGGCACGUUGGAGCGGCAGAGUAUACUAUCCUUUGAGCAGGCUAACAACAACACAUUAACGAGCGUCGCAUAUGUCACGGUGAAACGCCUGACAACUACGUAUGUCAAUUACUAUUGCGGCUCUGUGACCAACAUCGGCUGCAUCAUGUACAAACGAAGCACCAGAGGCGACUGGGAUGUAGUACAUACGUUCAGGCGACCAAUUUCUAAACCAGAAAGCUCACCAUUGCUCAACUGCGCAUUGCAUUUCGACAACGUUAGCGAGAUUACAAUCGUAUCGGGCACCGAGUGCGGCAUUCUAUGUGUAUGGCGAUACGACUACAAAGCAGAGUUAGAGCUAGCCGUUAACCACAUAAAGGUUGGCGGCGAGGGCGACCUGGUGCAUGGAGUGCAGCUUUUGGGCAGCCAGCGUGCCUAUUUCUUGUGCAAUAGAUCAGAACUGCGAUAUGUAGACCUUUAA